AAAGAAAAAAAAAAGGAAGAAUUAGUGGGAGAAAAAAUGGUGAGUGAAGAAGUAGAAAAGAAACUCUACAACGCUGCAUCAAGUGGGGAUGUUACAACACUUGUACAUCUACUUAAACAAGAUCCAUAUCUUGUUCAUGGAGUCUCAUUUCCAUGCUCAAGAAAUCUUCUACACGUAGCAGCCGCAAGAGGGCAUGUCGAGAUUGCCUUGAAAUUGCUGGAAGAAGCCCCGGAGAUGUGCUGGCGGCGCGACGACCAAGGCAUGAAUCCGCUUCAUGUUGCAGCCAUGAAUGGGCAUCUUAAGAUUCUAGAACAUCUCCUUAAGUAUAGUUGUUUCCCCGCGUUGGAGAUACUGCAUCGUGGGCAGACUGUGCUGCAUUUGUGUGUCAAGCAUGCUCAACUUGAUGCGUUAAAGUGUUUGGUGGAGAAGUUGGGAGAUCUUGUGUGUACAAAGGAUGAUGAUGGCGAUACUAUAUUGCAUUUGGCUGUUAGGUGUGAUCGAGAUUGUAGACUACUUGGUGGGAAUCGAAGUCCUAAAGCAGGAAACAAGAAACGGGAUGGGCAAAACUGCGGUCCAAAUCUUGAAGGAGAGUCCUCCAACCACCCGCAACUACUUACAGAUGAAAACGCUCUUAAAAUAUCAGUCAGAUCUCUUCAUUUUCCAAGUGAUCCCGGAGAUGAGCAAUACCAUGAUGGUGGUGGCAGUCCUGAUCGCCACGAUGGCCUUCCAGUCGGCCAUCAGCCCUGCAGGAGGAGUAUGGGGUGAAGAUGACCACAACUCCUCUCACAUGGCCGGAAAGGCCGUGAUGGCAUCUACUCAUCCCCUUACAUACAUGACCAUUAGGCGCGCCAACACCACGGCCUUCCUGUGUUCCCUCGCCGCGAUGUACCUCUUCACCUUCAGGGUCCAGCUCGGAAAUUACACAUUUGCCUUCGCAUUGGUGUCGUUCCUCGCUAUGGGAGCGGCGCUGGUAGCUGUCAUGGUAACCUUCUUGACGUCGAUGGACGCGGUCACUCCAUAUCAGCUCAGCUCUCCCACCGCAAAUAAGAUUAUGUGGGGGCUUCUCAUAUUUGCGCUCGUAUGGGAGUGUGGUGUUUAUGUAAAACAUGUGUAUCGGUCGUGGCGAAAUAAGAAGAAUCUGCAGAUUGAUCGUAGUCAUGAUGCUUUCCACCGCUGUCUUUUCUAUUGGAUUUUUGAGAAGAUGGAGAAGCUCAGGUUAUCGAGAUUCCUUCAGAGAUUCGAAAUACUUGCAUGAUUUGUAUCUAUAUGUUUGUAUAGUAUGAAUGUGUUACGGUUUUAUCAUUUUAGGGUAUCCACGAUGUGGAUAUAAGGAUCUAGUUAUUGCUAUUGGGCUUGGUAUUACUUCUACUGGGCUGAAUCCUGUUGUUUAUUUAAGCUGGCCCAAACCCGCGUUCAACCUAUGACUUACCUAGGGUGCUCCAAUUGUAACGCCCCACCUUUUGAACUUUUUUUGCGUUUAAUGCCGCGAAGUCCGUGGAUUAA